AUGGGUCUGCUGGUCUCUCUUCCUGGAGGGAUUCCAGACAUGGCCUGGGUCCUGCUUCUGCUGCUGCCGACAGCAUGCCUGCAAGCUGGGAACACAGCAGAAUCCAACAGAGAAAAGCUUUAUGGAUUUGGUCAGCCAACACGCAUCUCUGGUGUCCAGGGCCGCUCCAUCGAGAUCCCCUUCUUCUUCUACUUCCCCUGGGAGUUGGCAAAGGAUCCACAGAUGAGGAUUCUCUGGAGAUGGAAGCACUACCAUGGGGAAUAUAUCUACAACUCUUCCUCGGGUUUCAUCCAUGAGCAUUUCAAGGACCGGUUCGUCCUGAACUGGACACAGCCUCAGACAUCCGGAGUCCUCAGAAUCCUGAACUUGAAGGAGAAAGACCAGACAGUGUACUUCUGCCGAGUUCAUCUGAAAACAACAAAAGGCAUGGAGAGUUUUCAGUCGAUCAAUGGGACCCAACUCACCGUCACUCCUGCCACCUGCGGGGAGACCACCUCUCCAAGCCCCACCACUGCAACUUCUGCACACACCAAAAAUACCCUCACGGUCACAGAAGUUCAGAUGAGCACAGAAAAUCACACCCCGCAUCUGGGAACCAGAGUUGGGGUGGCCGUGGCUGCUGCUGUACUCCUGGCUGGGGUUUUGGGAUUGAUGGUGUUCCUCAGGUGGAAGAGGAGGAAAGGUCAGAGGACUAAAGCCGAAACCCCAGCCAGGGAACUCAUUGAAAACACUGAGAAAUGUGAGAACGUUGAGCCUGAAGGACAGCAUAUGGACCCCAAAGAGAACCCCAAGGACAACAACAUCGUGUAUGCCUCCAUUGCCCUCUCAAGCCCGACCUCCCCAGGAACACCAGCCUGCCCGCCUGUCCAUGAGAACCCCCAGGAAGAGACUGUAUACUCCACCGUGAAGACCAAAUGAGCGGGUCUGGGUGACCAUCUCGGAGUCACCUGUGCUUCUAGUAGGAAGACUCCCAGCUUCCUCUGAUACCACAGUCAGACGCUCACGGGUCACAGAUACCCAUGGCCAGGACAGAAACUUACACCACACGUCAGGGAGUUUGAACUCAGAGAAACUGAGAAACUCUCAUUUCCCCUUUCUAACUUCCGAGGCCUUUCUCUCAAAUAAAAAGAUCCACAGA